UAUAUGUCUUACUUUAGUUCCAAUGACUCAGGGGAGGUAAGGAGAGGAGGAGCUAAAUGCUGCCUUUAAUUUGAUGGGUCAGGGAUUGGGUGGUGCAGUAAUUCAGUAAUAAGAGGAAUAGUAGAGCAUUUUAGGAAUUUAACUUUAUUGUUAUUGUAGCAUGGCCAAUUCUGAACUAAUUCUUUCCAGCUUACUCCAGAAUUCUCAUUAAGAGUCCAAAGAUCUUUUUGGAAGAUGCACAAAGAAAUACAGAAAAUGAAGGAAAUUAUCCUUGUUUACCUUGACAGAAGUGGUGGCCUUGAGAAAUUUGUGCACGAUUGCAAAAAAUACAAUGACUCAAAACAAAGUUAUGCUGUAUAUCGUUUCGUUAUUUCAAUAAACCCUUCUGAUGUUGCUGAAUUGGAUGCAACUCUUGGGAACUACAUUCUUCAUAAGCCCAUGAAAGCUGCAGAGAUUUUUCAGUCAGUAUGUUUCAUAGCUAUUAAGACAUUAUCAUUAAUUGAACAAUUACAGACGGAGGCCCAAAUAAGCAUACUGCUGAAACCAACACAUUUGCCACCAUUACCGAGUUAUGUUCUCAGUCUUUCUGCAUUUCCAUUUAAUUACACAUCUAAGAGAUUUUAUAUGUCUGAAGGAAUAGUGAUUGCAAUGGGAACUGUCACAAAAUACACCCAAGGAGCAAGAUUUCUUUGCACUGGGGAAACCUGUCCAUUCUCUGAAGGGUUUAGGUACAUAAGGGUGCAUCUGCCCGGAGCUACAGAAUCUGCCACAGUGAGGAAUGACUUUGUGUGCAGUUUGUGUUCUUCACCACUGCAGGAAGAUAUGAAAUUCAGAGUACUUGGUGAUAAACAGAUAGUUGAAAUGAUUGAUGCCAAAGUUCUUCAUGCUUUAAAAGGAUAUUCCGACCAUAAAUCGCAUUUUAGGAUUCAGACAUUCACAGUUUUCUUGAGAGAUGAACUGGCCAAUAGAAUGACAAUAGGAAACCACUACAAGAUUAUAGGAAUUCCAGCUUGUGUACAAAAUGGCCCACAAGCUACAGUGUGUAUAGAAGUCAGUAGCGUACAGCUCUGUAAACCAAAUGGCCCUUCUUUCAUCGGUGAAAAUUUUAAGUAUCUACUCACACUGACCUCAAGUUCAUGCUGGAGAUUUACAGCCACGCUUGCCAAUAUCUUUGCUUCUCAAGUUGUUCCACCAGGCACUUACAAUACUCUUAAAUUAGCAAUAUUACUGAGUCUAGUACAGACGUGUGAAAUAGAAAAUGCAGAUUACCUCGAUCUACUGAUUGUGACAAGUGACACUCUAAUAACUGAUAGGCUUCUGAAUUACAGCCUAUGUCUCCUGCCUCGUGGCAUACGACACCCAUCCUCUAGUGACAUCUUUCCUUCUGUGUCCAAAGAUAAACAUGGAACUGGAAGUGCUAGUAUUCAAGCUUGCAGUGCUCUGCUGGCUCAGGGUGGUAUCUGUUACAUAGGAGACUUAUCUUCAUACAAAAAGGAUAAACUUGAACUCCUGCAAUCUGUCCUAGAGAGCAGGAUGACAACACUGUUCAUUCCUGGGAAGAAGUAUGGAGAAGAGGCUGACCAACAAGUGACUAUUUCAGUUCAGACCAACUUCUGGUCUUAUGUAGAUGUGGGUUCUUCCCCAAGGAAACAUACAGCAAGGGACAGCUUUUUAAUUGGGCAGAUGGACUUGAGUUUGAUUCCACCUAAUCUUUUAGAUGUUUUUGGGCUGUUGAUAUACAAUGAAUUUCCUUCGAGUCAGCUGUCUUUUCCUGUAGUGCAUCAUGUCUUGCAAAAAGCCAUUAAUCCUGAAGCCAUGCUGUACAGAGUCUCACAGCAGUUCAGAACACAGGAUUAUGAAGAGUUUAUUUUGUUCGCAAAGAAUCUUCAUGUCCAACUGAGUUCUGAAGCAGAAAACCUCAUUCAGGGCUACUAUCUUGCAAGUCGUAGAGUGAGGAGAGAUUCUUCACAUGGAUCAACAUUAUCAGCAUCUGCACUAAAAAUCCUGAUUUCACUAUCCAAAGCUCAUACUAAACUAAGUUUGAGGAGGAAAGUCCUUGAGGAAGACGCACUGAUUGCCAUCCUGUUGUUUGAGUCAUCUCUUACCCUAAAACAUGGUAAGUCAGCAUUGUGCAUAGAACCAAAUGCAGUAUUUCCAUUUGACCUCAGUGAUGAAAGCAGCCUGCAACAGAGAGAUAUUUACCUACUGCAGUGCCACCAUCAACUGCUCCAAUUUAUUAGUGCAUAUAGCCCAGGGACUUACAUUAGCAGUAAUGAAGAAUGAACUCUGCUGUGAGUCUGAGGCUCCUACUUCAGCUUUCUGGGACUGCAGAGAAAUAGACAACUGUUUUCAGUGCUAUUUUGCAAAGAAAUAAAGCAUAGCGGAUAGGAUUUAAUUGAAGUUUCCUGGCAACACUGAAGAAAGGCAGAAGUGAUGUUUCUAUUCUGGAAGGAUACGGCUUCAGAAUAAAGCCAGAACCUGAACUUCUAUUCCCAGCUUCCACUAUCAUUUAACUGGAUGAACAGAGACAAGUUUUAAUAAGGUAACUAACAUUUAAACCAAGAAUGCAGAAUAUUGUAUUUCAUUUCAACUAUGACCUGUACUUUUUGCUGUUUCUUCUUUUUAAAUGCAUUAUCCAGCAAGGAAUAGUUUAAAUACACUACAAAGAACAGUACUGAUGUAAGACAACUUUAGUUAUUCGUGUACAUGAAUAACAUGAAUUUAUAGUACUAUAAAUUUUAAGAUUUAUAUCACCAAACUGCUUCUUGCUUUAUGUCUCAGUUUUACAUUAUAGCACCAUCAUAUCAGCACAGGAUGCAGGUAUGCUCCUGCAAUCUGACAUAAAGCUUAGAUAAGGACACUGGAGACAGGAAAGCAAAAAGAAUUAUUGGUAGGCCCACCAGGGAGGAAGCAGCUCAAGGAGUGCCAGUCUAACUGCCUCAUUGCAAAAAUGAAUGUAAAGACUGAUACAGUGGAUAUGCUCCUCCAAAUAAGGACUUUUCUUACUUUCUCCUCCUAGCAAUGAUGUAGUUGUAGGCACAACACUGGGCAAGUUUCACAUCAGAUGUCCACAUUAAAUGCAGCAGAACAAUGUACAGACUUCUACUCAAAGAUGGAUAAACU